CAUGACUGAGUCAAGCAACUUCCUUUCCGAUUGGAAGUCUCCUAGUGGCAUUGAUAACGUUUACUCGUAAUUCAACCACAACGUUAAGAUGUCAGGAGGUUUAGACGUAUUGACUCUCAAGGAGGAUGACGUUACUAAAAUGUUGGCCGCGUAUACGCAUUUAGGCGCUGAAAAUGUCAACUUCCAAAUGGAGCAAUAUGUGUAUAAGAAGAAGAGCGAUGGGAUCAGCAUUAUUAACCUGCGUCACACCUGGGAGAAAUUAUUGUUAGCAGCACGUGCCAUUGUUGCUAUCGAGCAUCCCAGCGAAGUGUUUGUCAUCAGUUGCCGUCAGACUGGGCAGAGAGCUGUUUUGAAAUUUGCACAGCACACUGGAGCUACCCCAAUUGCUGGACGUUUCACUCCUGGUGCUUUCACCAACCAAAUUCAGUCUGCUUUUCGCGAACCACGCCUGCUGAUUGUUACUGAUCCGUCUACCGAUCAUCAACCAAUCACUGAAGCCAGUUACGUAAAUAUUCCGGUGAUUGCUUUCUGCAACACCGACUCACCUCUUCGUUUUGUCGAUAUUGCAAUUCCAUGUAAUACGAAAAGUCUUCAUUGCGUCGGUCUUAUGUGGUGGUUGCUGGCAAGAGAGGUACUGAGAUUAAGAGGCUCUAUUGCUCGGGAAACCAAGUGGGACGUGGUCGUUGAUUUGUUCUUCUACAGAGAUCCAGAGGAGGCUGAGAAAGAAGAGCAAGCUGCUAAAGAAAUUGCACCAGCCAAAGAUUUCACUGGCACGGUUGAAGUUGCUGCUACUGCUGAGCCCGGAUGGGUCAACGAAGUUGACACGGGUGCGGUUGCCCCUGAAAAUUGGGCGGAUGACGUAGCAACGCCAACUGCAGCUGCUAUUCCCACUGCUGGAGCUGCGCAAGCAUUCCAAGCUAGCGGAGACUGGGCUGCUCAGACAUCGGAAGAAUGGUCCGCUACAACGCAAUCUGCAGCAGGACAAAGUUGGGGCGGUGCAACAACAGAAAAGUGGUAAUUUCAUUCUCUUUGAUCAUUUCUUACACUGACAAACUUUGUACGAUGUGUGAAGAAUAAUAAAAUGAUUAAAAACUCAA